AGGAACUCCUCUUAGAGGUCGGUGACGCUGCACAUCUGUCCACGACCCGGGCCCUGGAUAAGGUACUGUAGAGUACGAAGUACAUACCUUAACCAUAAUGCGCCGUGCCAGCAGAUCGAAUUAUGUCUGCUGGAGAUGCCUCAAUCUCAGGCCUCAGGCUGCCGAAAAGGCCCUACGACGAGGCCUAGCAACACCACCCACCACAGCAUUCCCGCUGUCUGCGUUUUCAUCGCGGUCGGCUGCGAAUAGCGUCAUCCGUCCAUCUGCCCGAUUGCUCUCCAGCACAGCCCCCUCGACGUCCGACUUUCCUUCGACCUCACUGUCGAACGGCGCAGACCUCCGUUCCUCUUCUCUGGAAAGCCGGAUCCGCGAAGAGCUUAGACAAUGGGAGGCAGAGAACCCUGCGCCCCUUCCGGGAGAGUUCAUCGAGGACUCCCCUUUCGGUGGCGUCUUCAACACCAUGACGGGAAGCCAGAGCGAGCACAGUUUCAAGCUCAAUAUAUCUUCGCUGCAUGAUGAUGCCGCCCAGCCCCAUUUUGAUGGCGUCGACGUAGUCGACAUAGGCCUGGCUGCUAGAGUGCUGAACGUUGGCGACCUUGUCGAAGUCAGUAAUGGCACUUACAGAACUCGUUUGUUAGCCGUCUGUUUGGGCAAGUACAAUGGUCACGACCACUUUUACACCAACACGGGCAAAUGGUUCACUAGUCGCAAGAUCCACUCCAACUUCGUCGUCAAGAACUUCAUCAAAGAUCCGGCAGAGCUGAAGGCUGUCAUUGACGCCAUACCUUCGCUCUCACCCUCAAGCACCGUUCUCAACGAGCUCCAAGACCUCAACAUUGGUCCAUCCCGCGAUCUUGCCGCCUCUCUCAUCCGCAAGAUGUACACCUUCCAGUCCGCUGCUAGCCACAUCCACCAGACCUAUGUCGAAAGACUCAGCCAUGCCCACAAGAAGCUCGGCCCUGAUGAGAAGCUAGUGAGCCUGCGCGAGAUCGCCGACGCACUUCUGCCGGCCGGGCUCAAGAGGCAUGGAACGACAUUCCCACCAGAGGCUCUAUACGCCGUUUAUUCUGUCAUCGACCAAGAUGAUAUCGCCUUCCAGACUCUGGACCGAGCCUCCAGUCACCACGAGUCUCCUCUCGUACUUUUACAGUCCGCCUCUACACGGGAUAAUGUGUACAGAGUCGAGCAAUUGGUACGAGAUUACUGGGAAUCAAUCGGCGGCCGAGGACGGCCUCAACCCAAAUUCAACGACUUUCUGGCACAGGCUCAAAAGGUUAUUGACCGGAGCCGGCUACACCGCGACUGGUCGCCGCACGGCAUGGUAGGGCCACGCAAAAGCGAGAGCGUUCACAAACCCGAGCCGCCCGAGUGGUCAGAGACUGCUCUGUCAGUCAUCGCAUUUAUGCAGCAUUGGGCAGCAUCGGCAGCAUCGAGCGGAUUUCGUUCCAGCUCGCGUUGCCACUGGAUCGGGGCCUCGAUUUUGAGGGCCUUAAACCGGUACGAGGGCUCCAUGCUGGACAGCACGACCGGCUGGACCUUUUUGCAGGAGAUUGGCUGGAUCCCGCCUUGGGAUGUGAGCGCUCGUCAUUACUUGCGUCUCCCUGAGCUCAAGCUUAACCGCCACGCCGGACUUGUGCCUGCCCAAGCUGACGCUACACCGCUUCUUCUUGAGCCGGAUCAGCUGGGCCCCAUCCGUCAGGAAUUUACCCGCGCCACCGUCUUCUGUAUCGAUUCGGCGAGCACAGUUGAGGUUGAUGACGGGAUCUCGCUCGAAGACGCGGGCGACGGCGAAUACUGGAUCCACAUCCAUGUGGCUGACCCAGCCUCUCGCAUCAGACCCGACAGUUGGUGGGCUACUCAAGCAGCACUCCGCGCCCAGACCAGCUACCUCGCUGGCUUCCACCAACGGAUGUUUGACAACGAGGACUUCCCGGCUGUCUUUUCUCUGGGUCCAAAUCGACCUACCCUGACCUUUAGCGCCCGGGUGAACGAGGAGGGUCGCCUGCUCGACUACAAGAUAACACCGGGGACGAUUAGGGAUGUUGUUCAUAUGACUCCAGAGGAUGUAUCCUCGGUCUGCGGCGGUUCUCAGUUGUUGUUGCCAGACUCUGCGGCCCCAGUGUUCGAGGUCGGGACACGUCCGGCGACCGCUACGCCCGCCAGAACAAUGGUUAGGCCCGACCAACUGUCGCGACGUCAACUCGCCGAUCUCAAGACGCUCUCGAAGCUUGCCGAUGCUCUUCAGCGGGUUCGUGUAGAAAAUGGAGCAGUUCCUAGCUUUCCGGGGCGCCCAACGGCAGAGGUUUCGCUAGAUAACGUUGUGCCCUUGGCAACUAUCGACGGUUCGGUUCACUACAGCGGCGAUCCGUACAUUCGUGUCUCGUAUGGCAAGCCGGGUAGCCCUCUCGUUAGCAGCCUGAUGCAGUUGGCCGGCGAGGUCGCCGCCAGAUGGUGUCACGAACGCGAUAUUCCGAUCCCCUACCGUGUCAGCGUCCUGGGCGGUCAAAAUUUGGACGCCGUGCGCGCAUUCACCCGUGACAUUCUGUCUUCCAAGCUUCUUGCUGGCGAAACUCCUUCUCUCGAAGACUUCCAAACACUCAACAUUCUUGUUGGCGGGUUCGAUAUCGCGGCCGCCCCCGCUCCGCAUCCCCUGAUGGGGCUGGAAAUGUAUACCAAGGUGACGUCCCCGCUUCGUCGCUAUGUGGAUCUGCUCGCGCAUUGGCAGAUCGAGGCUGCUCUGCUCGAGGAGCACCGCAGCGGCAAAUCUCUUGUUGGCGGCGCGUCGUCCGCAGGCGCAGAGUCGAGUGCUGGUAGCGGCAAAUCUGGCUCAAAAAAGAAAAAGCGCGAAGAUCCCCGAUCUUACUUGCCCUUCUCCAAGGAGCAGCUCGAAGAGAGCGUGUUCCCCCGCUUGCGCGUCCGUGAGCGGCACGCCAAACUGCUCGAUAACAGCGACGGGAAUAGUCAGUGGAUCCUGCAAGCCCUAGCGCGUGCAUGGCACUUCGGCGAUGGCUCGUCGCAGCUCCCUCAGACGUUCCGAUUUACCGUUACAAACGUCAUGCUCAGGCAAUGGAUCAAGGGGCGCCUCGACUGGUUCGAUCGUCUUGCCGUGGUGGAGGUGGAACACGUCAACAACGUCGUCCGCAUGACGGAUGUGAAGCCCGGCGAUGUCUUCCGCGUGGAGCUGGCUGAUGUCAAUGUGCACAUGAACAAGGUCUCUGUGACGCUGCUGGAAAAGAUUGAGUGAGAUGGUGGGGGAGCUGGUGUAUGAUAAUGUCGAAUGUAUGACCCGUGUGCCACGUAUUGUAAAAUAGAUUCAUGAAUGUGCUGGUUGUAUACCAGGUACUCAUUUUGGCAAGCCAUGAAAUAGACUCGGGUGGCUCAUCAAAAAGGCUAGAAUAUGUCCCAUUUAGUGGCAGAC